GGCUCCAGACGAACAUUGCCCCGCUUAGUGUCCAGAUCCAGCCUCAGGUAUAUAAUGCACCAUCACGAGAGAACCCCUCCAGUUUGCCUCGAUAUGGGACCGGGAGAGGCAUAAAGAGGGCAUAAAGAGGAGGGGAGGAGAAGGAAGAAACAAGUUCAUUGGCUGAUGUGUUACUGUGGCUAGGCUGUCCUCUCCAUUCUCGAUCACGCCGUUCGACGAGAUGUCCGUGAAAACUCCCAGUCCACCCGGGUCAUUGGCGCCCUGGUAGGCACUCGCUCCGAAGAUGGAACCGAGGUCGAGGUUCGCUCGUGCUUCGCCAUCCCCCAUACCGAGGAGGAGGACCAAGUCGAGGUCGACGUCGAAUACCAGAAGAACAUGCUCGCCCUGGUCCUCAAGGCCUCCCCCCGCGAGUCCCUGCUCGGCUGGUACACCACCUCCCACGAGCUCAACAGCUUCAGCGCUCUGAUCCAGAACUUCUUCGCCGCCCCUGACACCGGCACCUUCCCUCACCCCGCCAUCCACCUCACCAUCUCCACAGAGCCCGGCAAGGACAUCGAGACAAGAUGCUACAUCAGCGCCCCCGUGGCUGUCAACGCCGAGCGAGCUGCCGAGAGCUGCCUUUUCAUCCAGGUCCCCCACAAGAUGCUGUACGGAGAUGCCGAGAAGAGCGCCCUCGAGGCUGUUGCAAGCGCCCGGGACCUCGAGUCACGGAGUGCUCCCCUGGUAUCAGAUAUUGAGAGCCUGGGUCGAUCUAUCGAGCAAACUAUUGGCCUCCUGGACCGCGUCAGCGAGUGGGUUAACGGCGUACUAGACGAGGAUGAGGAGCCCAACAAUGCCUUGGCUCAGUACCUCAUGAGCGCCCUGUCUCUGGCCCCCAAGGUCGACGCUUCUCAAAUCGAGCACGACUUCAACAACCACAUCCAGGACGUUCUCAUGGUCAGCUACCUGGCCAACACCAUCCGAACCCAGAUCGACCUGUCCCAGCGACUGGCCACGGCCAACCUGGUCAGCAACGAGAAGGAGGAGGGCAAGGGUGACGGUGAGAAGGGUGGCCAGCGCGGAAACAAGCGUGGCGGACGUGGAGGUGGUCGAAGCGGCGGUCAACAAAGAGAGCCCAGAGAGCCUCGCGAGCCCACCGAGUAAAGGACACGGCGAAAGUGAUAUUA